AUAACUCGGAGCGUGGAAUCCUGCAGCGUAUGUUCCAGUGUGACUGUGUAUUUCCGUGCGGCGAACACAUCCUCAGCCUGACAGAUGCAGCAGACCGACGACAUGGAGGUACCUUUACUUAAUGAUUCUAACAGUAACAGACAGAAGUCUCUGGCUCAAGAGAGAGAUGGGUUCAGCCAUCAGCUGAAGGAUUCGGAGGGGUCCAUGGAGUCCCCCAACCUGGAGUUUGAAUAUGGGGACACAGAUGGCUUCACUGCUGAGCUCUCAGAGCUGUACAGCUACACAGAGGAACCAGAGUUCAGUCUAAACAGGGAUUACUUUGAGGAAGACUUCAAGAAUCAUGUGAAGGGUCGGAGAUGGAUGAUGUUGAGUUUGGAGGAGCAGAGGGCGUAUGUCAUGAGAUUGCUGGAUGCUUUGGAGGUCACCGAUCGGGACAAGAGGCUCAAAGUGGCCCGGGCCAUCCUCUAUUUGGCCCAUGGUGUGUUUGACGAGUGUGACACCGAGACAGACGUCCUCUACUGGUCUCGACACAACGUCUUUCUCCUCUACGACAUGGGCAUCUUCACGGCUCUGCUGGAGCUCCUCAGCAUGGAGAUAGAUAAUAACCAGGCGUGCAGCACCGCGGUAAGAAAGCCAGCCAUUUCGCUGGCAGACAGCACUGAACUCAGGGUUCUUCUGAGCAUCAUGUAUCUGAUGGUUGAGACCAUUCGUGUGGAAAUGGAGGGUGACAGUCCUGAGAGGAAGGCAGCCAGAGAGGCCUUCAAAACAGAGUUGGGUUCACCCCUUUAUAACGGAGAGCCUUUUGCCCUCCUCCUCUUCACCAUGGUAACCAAGUUCUGCAGUAUGAAUGCGCCCCAUUUCCCCAUGAAGAAAGUGCUGCUCUUACUGUGGAAGACCAUACUGUUCACACUGGGAGGUUUCGAGGAGCUGCAGGAGAUGAAGGUGAGGAUGAGAGAGCAGUUCAACCUGCCGCCGCUCCCUGAGGACAGCAUUAAGGUGGUGCGAAACAUGCGAGCCGCCUCACCUCCAGCCUCGGCCAUGGAGCUCAUCGAGCAACAGCAGCAGCAGAAGAGAGGACGCAGGAGCCGCAGGAGUGCCUUUGUUGAUAGCUUGGAAGGAGACAGUCCAUAUGCCAAGAAACAGCCCCUGGUCAAGCAGGACAGCCUGGACACUUACAACGAACGGGACCCUUUCAAGAACGAUGAUGCCCGGGAUGAGGAAGAUGACCCAGAGGAUGUGGACAGUGGCAUCGAGGGAGAGGUCGACCCUCUCGACAGAGACGUCAUCAUCCAACCGCCACCGCCACCACCACCGCUGCGGCCCCCGACUGAGAGAGUGUCCUUCCCCAAGGGCCUGCCCUGGGCCCCCAAAGUCAGAGAGAAAGACAUCGAGCACUUUCUGGAGACCAGCAGAAAUAAAUUUAUCGGCUUCACCUUGGGAAAUGACACUGACACUCUGGUUGGGUUACCCCGGCCCAUACAUGAGAGUGUAAAGACUCUGAAACAGCACAAGUAUGUCUCCAUAGCGGAGGUCCAGAUCAAGAGAGAGGAGGAGCUGCAGCAGUGCCCCAUGACUAUGGGUGAGGAGGAGGUGGAAGAAACACCUGCAGAGAUUCUAUAUUUGGGAAUGUUGCCCAGCCUCUCACAGUAUGUUAUUGCUCUUUUGAAGCUGCUUCUGGCUGCAGCUCCAACCUCCAAAGCAAAGACCGAUUCUAUCAACAUCCUAGCCGACGUUCUGCCAGAGGAGAUGCCAAUCACCGUCCUCCAGAGCAUGAAGCUGGGCAUUGAUGUGAACAGACACAAGGAGAUUAUCGUCAAAGCGAUUUCAGCUCUCUUGCUACUGCUGCUCAAACACUUCAAACUCAACCACAUAUACCAGUUUGAUUAUGUGGCUCAGCACCUGGUGUUUGCCAACUGCAUCCCCCUCAUCCUCAAAUUCUUCAACCAGAACAUUAUGUCUUACAUCAGUGCCAAAAACAGCAUUUGUGCCCUGGAUUUCCCACAUUGUGUGGUUCAUGAAAUGCCUGAACUCACAGCUGAAAGCCUGGAAGCUGGUGACAGUAAUCAGUUUUGCUGGCGUAAUCUCUUCUCCUGCAUCAACCUACUGAGGAUCCUAAACAAAAUCACCAAGUGGAAACACUCGAGAACUAUGAUGCUUGUGGUGUUCAAAUCUGCUCCCAUCCUGAAGAGGGCACUCAAGGUCAAACAGGCCAUGAUGCAGCUCUAUGUUCUCAAACUCCUCAAGAUCCAGACCAAGUAUCUGGGGCGCCAGUGGAGAAAGAGUAACAUGAAAACCAUGUCCGCCAUCUACCAGAAAGUCAGACACCGGCUCAAUGACGACUGGGCGUAUGGGAAUGAUAUCGACGCUCGGCCGUGGGACUUUCAGGCGGAGGAGUGCGCACUCCGCGAGAGCAUAGAGAAAUUCAACACGCGGCGUUACGAUAAGAAUCAGAACAACGAGUUUACGCCAGUGGACAAUUGCCUCCAAAGCGUUCUAGGUCAGCGCGUCGACCUGCCCGAAGACUUCCAUUACAGCUACGAGAUGUGGCUUGAAAGGGAGGUGUUCUCCCAACCUAUUCAGUGGGAAGGUCUGCUACAGGCCCAGUGAUCCCACUGUGCUGAUCAUAGGACUUUUGUUUCUUAUUAAACCGACACAAUUACUGUGGCUUACGAUCGACAUACAAAUGUUUAAAGCACUGAGGGUCUGCCGUUCCUGUUCUGUAAUGAAUUCUUGUAAAUAUAGAUAUAUAUGUGAUUAUGGAAUGGUGGGCUUCCUUUGGUAAUGGAAUGAAAUAAUGACAUCUUCUCCAAUAACUGAAGCACACUUUAUGUAUAAUGUCUGCAUAACUAACAUAGGCUAUAUACUAUUUUGAAAUGAUCAAUAUUUAUUUAUAUGGUCACUCACUGUGUCUAACUGUGGAAAUGUUUAAUUUUUAUGUAAAUAUGAUCACUUCAUGAGGUUGUGAGGUACGCCCUGAUUCUGAGGCAGGGUCC